CAGAUCUUCGCCAGUAUUUCUGCCUGGAUUUUUAACGUUAUAACUGCCAUUUUUUAAACCUAUUGAAUUCAAUUAGAAAAUUAAAACUAUAGUAGCGAUCCUCCAACAUGAUUUUGGCUGCAUUGUUGACCCCACUGGAGCCAAGUAACUUUAGCUCUCCAGCAGGCCUAUCUGACAACAGUCAGAUUCAGUCUGGAUAUGGCGUCGCUGCACCGACACAGGAUGAAUUUUCACCUCUCCGUGGGAAUUUGCCAGUCGCGUACCGGGACGGCACUUCUUGGUUUUUGUCGCUGUUAAAAGGGAUCAUACAUGGCGAUGGAAGACGAGGAUAAUAAUACAGCGGUCGUGGCGACUAACACUCAAACGGGCAUCAAGAAAGGAGGUGAUGUCGGAGAUAACGGGGCUUGCAUAGACAGGCAGCCGGACACGGUGGUCCACCAAGCGGGGCUGAAUCAGACUGCAGGUCGCGGCAGCCGCAGUGGUCCGGGAGCUCAUACUGCAACGGGGAUUCGAGUGCUAAAGCAGCGCAACAUGAAACGGAAUGGGAGUCGUGGCUGUGUGACAAGAAAGACCAGAUUUGGAUCACGAGAGCGAGACUGGCUAAAGGGGGACACCCAGCGGGGCUGUGUGUGUCUCUAUGGGGGGACAGUGGACCCCCAGCCACCUGCCUCUGGCCCACAGGCAUCUUCCACCCCUCAGACAGACCUUCAGUUGGUGCUCUGCUCCACCAGUACCACAGUGGAGGAGCUGUGUGCUCAGAGAGAUGGACAGGGACUCUAUGUUCAGCUUCAUGGAGACCUAGUCAGGAGGCUGGAACCCUCUGAGCGUCCGCUCCAGAUAGUGUAUGACUACCUGGCAGCUAUGGGCUACGCAGACCCUGGACGAGUACAGCAAGAAGCAGCCAACUCAGACCUCAGCUGUUUGAUCCGUUUCUACAGUGAGCGUCCAGUGAAUGCUGACCAGCAGGAGCGGACACUGCUGAAAGGCGUAUUCAGCGUCAGGAAGGGCAAGUCGCAGCUGCACAAGUGGGCAGAGCGGCAGGUCAUCCUCUGCGGCACCUGUCUAAUCGUGGCCUCCGUCAAAGACAGCCUGACUGGGAAAAUGCACAUCCUGCCCCUGGUGGGGGGAAAGGUGGAGGAGGUGAAGCGGAGGCAACACUGUCUGAUGUUCAGCUCAGCCGGAUCACAGGCCCAGACAUACUUUGUCAACUUUGACACGCUCGCAGACUACCAGCGAUGGCAUCGGCAGGCAUCAAAAGUGGUGUCUCAGACAGUCAGCCUGGUGGACCUGUCCUGCUACAGUCUGGAAGCGGUGCCUGAAUAUCUAUUUUACAGUCAGGAUAUCACCCACCUCAACCUGCGUCACAACUUCAUGAGCCUUCAGGGGCCUGGAAGCUUGCUCAACCUCCCCAGGUUUUCUCAGCUGAAGAGCCUGAACUUGUCUCACAACCGUCUGGGUGUGUUCCCUGAAUGUGUGUGUGAGAUCCUCACCCUGACUGAACUCAACCUCUCCUGUAAUAGUCUCCACACCAUCCCUGUACAGAUAGGCAACCUUCAAAGCCUGCAGACGCUGUCUUUGGAUGGAAACCACCUCAGCUCUGUGCCUGAAGAGCUGGGUGGCCUGUCCCAGCUUAACAGCCUAGGACUCUCCUUCAACAACUUCUCUCACAUCCCUGCUGUGCUGGAGAGACUGAGUGCAGUGGACAAGCUGGCCAUGGCUGGGAACAGAGUGGAGAGUCUGGAGUUGUGUACUCUGGCCAGAAUGAGCCACCUGAAAAACAUUGACCUCCGAUUGAAUGGACUGCACUUGGUGAAAAGUGAGAGUCUAGAGGCAGUGAGCCAGGUGACGCAGCUGGACUUACGGGACAAUUGCUUGGACUCACUAGACCUGAGCUCCGUCUGCAACCUGGAGACUCUGCACUGCCAGCGUAACCAGCUGGGGACACUCACGCUCAGCGGUUUCACACUGCGCAUGCUUCAUGCCAGCAGCAACCGCCUUACAACAGUCAACAUCUAUCCAGUCCCUAACCAGCUGACACACAUGGACCUAUCACAGAACCUUUUGGAGUACCUUCCGGACUGGGUGUGUGACUGCAGAAAAAUUGAGAUGCUGGACGUCACACACAACCUCCUGUCUGAGCUUCCUUCCAGACUGCUCAACAGCUUGAGUUUGAGAAAGCUGCUGGCGGGGAACAAUCGUUUGCAGAGAGUGCCUGACCUACUUGACCACAUCCCUCUGGAAGCCCUAGACCUCCAGCACAACAAGCUAGCCGAGCUCCCUGAGAGUCUGUUUUACAAGGCCUUAAAUCUAAAAUACUUAAAUGUGUCAGCCAAUGCCCUGGAAAGUAUUCCUCCCAGUAGCCCAUCAGAGGAGAACCUCAGCACAGUCCAGGAGCUCUACCUGACGGGGAACAACCUGAAUGAGAACUGCGGUGCUCUGUUGGUUGGACACCAGAACCUACGGGUCCUUCACAUCGCCUACAACCAGUUGCUCUCCUUCCCUGCCAGUAAGCUUAGUAAGCUGGAACUGCUGGAGGAGCUAAAUCUAAGUGGCAACAAGCUAAAGACUAUCCCCUCCACUGUGUCCAGCUGUAAGAGACUGCACACCCUCAUAGCACACUCCAACCACAUUACUGUCUUCCCAGAGAUCCUCAGCCUCCCUGAGAUCAAGCUUGUAGAUCUAAGCUGUAAUGAGCUGACUGAGAUCCACCUGCCUGACUCGCUGCCAGCCACUCUACAAGAGCUGGACCUGACAGGCAACAGCAGUCUGAUGCUGGAACACAAAACCCUCAACCUCUUCAGUCACAUCACCACCCUGAAAUUAGACCAGAAAUCCACCACGACAGCAGGAGACUCACUGAGUGCCUCCACUCCGUGGAACCACGGUUACUCUGAAAUGAGUGGCCAAAGGAACAAGUUGUGUGUGUCGGUGCUGGCUGUAGACCGGUUUGGAGACAGCGUGGAAGCAUGUUACGGUAUCUUUGACGGAGACCGCAAUGAGGAAGUGCCUCGGCUGCUGCAGUGCACCAUGGGAGAUGUGCUGUGUGAGGAACUGCAGCACUCCAGUAUUGACAAUGUGUAUAUGUGCAAUACUUUCCUCACCUCACACAGGAAACUAGGUAUGGCUGGCCAGAAACUGGGUGCGUCUGCCUUGCUGUGUUAUAUUCACCAUGAGCCUUCAGAUCCAGGAGGCUACUUCAGCCUCACUGUGGCCAAUGUGGGCACCUGCCAGGCAGUGUUGUGCCGGGACGGCCGACCUGUACCUCUCUCUAAGGUUUACAGCUUGGAGAACUGCACUGAGGAGAUGGAGAGAGUUAAACUCAGUAAAGCCAUUAUUACCGAGGAUAACAAAGUGAGUGGAGUGACAUGCUGCUCCCGCCUGCUGGGCUGCUCUUAUCUGUCUCCCUGUGUGCUUCCAAAGCCCUGGGUGCACACUGAGCCUCUCUGUUCCCAGGAUGAGUUCUUGAUCCUGGGGAAUCGAGCGCUGUUUGAACGGGUCUCUUACCAGGAGGCCGUAUGCACUGUGCAGGCUGUGCGGGAUCCUUGCGCUGCUGCCAAGAAGCUGUGUUCACUCUCCCAGAGUUAUGGUUGCAAGGACAACAUCGAGGCUGUGGUGGUGGCCCUGCAUAUUGGUGAGGACAGCUGUACCUGUGAGCCACCGGUCUCCACCACUGAACCACGGGGUCCCCCUCCCGCCCCUGUGCCUGUUACUGUGACCCCGGGCCCCAAUGACCCAGCCACCCUUUCUUCCAGCAGUGGUAUUGUAUCUGAGUUCAACAGUGAGACAUCAGCCUCAGAGGUGGGCAGCGAGGCGGGGUCCACCGCUUCAGACGAACACCCAUCCUCUGGCCCUGGAUCCCGCCCAGAGAGACGAUGUAGCCUACACCCUGCUACUACACUGUGUGGGAUCAUGGUGCCUGGCUCAGCUGUGGCAGGAACCCACCCAGGCCUAUUCCAGCGGCAGCCCUCCUGUGCUACGUUCUCGAGUAACCAGUCUGACAAUGGCUUGGACAGUGAUGAUGAAGCUCCGCUUCAGGGUGUUAUAUCCAAUGGCAGCAAGUUAGAAGUGGAGGUAGACAUUCACUGCUGUGCUUUCCAACUACGGUCGGGGGCCCCUGAGAGCCCCAAAGACUUACACUUUGAAAAGCGAGGCUCUGACUAUCCCAAUGGCAAAAUGCGCAGACAGAACAGCGUGGUGGUUUCUGCGACAAACGGCUGCCUGCUGGCUGUAUGUGGGAGAGAGAUUGCUGAUCUCAAGAAGUCUCCUUCCACAUCCAGCCUGUUUGGGAAGAAGCUGUCCAAUGGCUCUGUGGUGGCCCCAGAGGACAGUCAUAAUCUCAUUGAGGUGGCCCUGGAAGCUCCUAAGAAGAAGUCUGGCUACUUCACCGCCCCAGCACAGCAGGAUCCCGAGGACCAGCUCAUUGUGCCUCCUAGUCUGGAGCAGGAAGUCAGGGAGCAGCUAAGAGGCCAGAGUGCUCUAGUCUCAGGCCCCUCCUUACCAUCCAUUCCCCCUUCCUUAAAAGACCCUGUGUGGGAUCAUCCACACCCCCCUGCAUUUUCCUCCAACCUGAUCCCAGGUCCAGGCCCUGUUCCCAUCCUACAGCAGGAAGUCUACGAUACCGCCCUCUAGAGGGAGGACACAGCACAGUGCCAUGUGGCUGCAGUUCUGUGGUUGUGCCAUUCCAGGAAAGAAGAGGAGAUUUUUCUCAUACAUGUGGGAUAUUCCAGCUCAAGUUGCCAUUCAGAUCCAACUUUUGUGAGAAUGAGACAAACCUAUGGGACCUUGAUAGUCACUAAGUGAUGCUGUGCCAUUAAUGUGAGGUAAAAAUGGGUUUCUGUGCAUGGUCUGAGUAUCCAAGAAAAUAGGGGUGAUGAAGAUCCCAGUUCAUAACAUGAUGUUGUGAAAAGGAUGGCUGGCUAUCAUAGAAAAACAAGCCUGACUUGAAAUUGGAUACCUCAUGUGUUUAAAUAUGUCAGCAACAUUUCCCUUUACUUGGAAAGCAAGCAAUCUAGAGGGUGCAUACAGGAUUGUGUUCAGUGAAAUCAAAUCUCCUAUCCAGGGGCUCCGUGGUCUCUCAGGUCCUGGAGAGAAGCCCUGUGACUGAAACUUGAAAAAGUGCCUAUUGCAGACGACUCAGCCUAGAGCUCCCCCACAUCCAGGCUGUGUUGAGGAUGUGAGCUUGUUAGUUAAAUGUAGAGGAGGGACAGUGUCUCGAAGAGACCAGCACUGGCACAGCUUCUGCUUUCCUCCUCAUCCUAUGGCUUACAAAGGAAAUCAGACAGUAGAAAUUCUUGUAAGGCACAUAGGACUAGAAGAUGUGAAGACAAAAUAACUGCAUUUACAUUGCCAGAAACGUUAUGGUUGGGUUUUAUUUUUAACAUUCCCAGACAAUAUAUAUAGAGUCUUCUAUAUAGGAUAAAUGAAUUCUAUACAGUAGAGUACACACUCACAACUAGCAGCCAACUGACGUGGUGUGCUUGAGCUGCUGACAUCAAGAUUGAAGAGUGUUGCUAUUUAGAGCAAUGGAUUUUGAAUAGCUGUCAAAAACAAUAUCAAAGUCAUUCAACUGUACAGAGCGGAUGUGUUGUAGAAUUCAAAAAUCUGUGGCAGUGCAUGAUCAAAUGAUUUCCUUAAAAGGUACAUAGGAAAAUAAAAGUUUAAUUUAAAUGUAGUCGGUUUUAUGGUCACUGGAUAGUGGACUGGAGACCCCAGGAUGUUCGGAUAUCAUUGUCAUUUGAACAAACCAGUCAAGGCACAAAAGUAAAUUAUUACACAGUGUACUGUCAAGAAAUGAAGGAUAGAUACAGUGUUUGUAUGUACUGUAUGUUAUGAAAUACCUCCACUGGUACUAAAAUUGUACAUUUUAGUAUAUCCAAACUUUGGAGGCUGCUAAUUUGUAAACAUUCAUCCAUGUCCCUGCAGGCAGAUUCAGUUACUGACAUUUUUACAGCUUGGCAAAUCUUUUCUCUUUAGUCUCUAGUGCAUUACCCACACAUCCAGAAGAUUUUCAGGGUGUGUUAUUUUGGCCCAUUAUAAACAGAACUGGCCUAUUUUUGACCCUAUUUUCUUGUAUUCUGUAAGAUCUGGUCUGUGUACACAAGAUGUCACAAAGUUUGGGGGCAGAACCCACAGUUCGUCAAGCUCGCACAGAAAUUUGGGACAAAACAACAAAUUAUGACUUGCUAUAAUUUCAUAUAGUUCUCUUUUUCUCUAACACAUAUUUGCAUAUAUGCUAUUUCCUGAUCAGAUGGCAAUGCUUCUGUAGAAAUCACUUCACACAGUUAAUAUAAAACAUUUUUAUCAGUGCAGCAGCAGUAUAAGCUACUGCAAUAACAACACACUGGUUCAGUCCCUUACUAUAAGAAUAAGUAAUGCAUUUUUUUCCAUUAAGUCACAUUCAGUGCUUCAGCAGUUGGUAUCAUCAGUUCCCAAUCUGUUUUUUCCCCUCUUAACAUUUGUAGGACCAGUUAUAUUUAUCUCAGCUGAAAGUAAGUCAAGACGACAUUAUUAUUUGAAUUAUCAGGUAAAUAUUAUGCAGCCCUGGAAACCUCAGUUUGCCCAUUCCUGUAACUCCCCACCUUGUGCCAAAAGAGAAAGCAGCUCUGCUGGGGCUGCUGUGGUUAUAAAAAGGCCAAAGUUGGGUAAUUGCUCAUGUCAGUGAUUACUACAUUAGAUGUAUAUUUUUGGUUGCCACUCUAAGUUGGUAGUGGUGCAGUUCUGGCAUUCCACAGCUGUUGCAUAGCUGGACUUUCAGUGUUUCCUUUUAGCCUUAACGUAACACUACUCUGGGGGUGUUGUUUAUCAAAGCAGCCCCUCUAUCUUUUCUUUGCUCCACAGGAAUGAGUGAUAAGUCAGUGAUGAAGCCUUAAUUGAUGUGUGAGUCUGAAUCCUUUCUUGUUAUUUGCAAGUUUUUUUCUCUUAAAAGAAAUAAACACUGUUAAAAGUGCUUUGUACAUAGAAAAUAGUGAUAUUCAGAGUUAUGUAUAUUUGAGUUUAAUAUAUGAGAUAUUGAUCAACAUAGUGUGCUGGGAUUAUUGCAUUUUCCCUCAGCCCAACAUAUCACCUCUUCUUGUCUAAGAUAACCAACAGAAAUGUUGAUGUGACAUAAUGACAAUUAAUUUACCACACUUACUUUUAGGUGUGUUUUUAAUAUGACAAACAUUUCUUAUUUUUAAGUAAAGUUUUUUUGUUUGCUUUCAGUUACAUCUGAAUUUUUCAUAAUGUCUUGAAUGAUAUUUAAAUUUUCAACAUCAGCACCACAAAAGGCAGCACCACAAACAGCAUAAUAUACAUUCUUAACUACUCGAACACUAUCUGCCAACAUUACUCUCACUCUAUAUAAAUAUAAAUUAUUGGGCCCCCUCCUGGCAGAACAUGAUGAAAUUCAGUUAUUGUGCACGUUUUCCUUUAUUUAUAUUCAGUAUUGAUAUUUGGUUGAAACAUUGUACUAAUUGAUUCCUAACCGUCUGGCAUACCUGAAAAUGUUUUUUGAAAUCCCUCUGUAAUAAUGACAUAUAAUGAAAAUGGUAGAUAAUAUGAUCCACGUCAAAGAGCUGGAUUGUCCUUAUUAUGCUUAUUCAGAGUUCAGACACUGAUUUCAACUAAAGUUUUUCUUUUUCUAAAAUUAAGAAUAGGGAACCGUAUUUUAUGAUGACGCUAAGAAUUUGUUUCCAGUCACUUUAUUGAUCAGACAGUGUGCAGUGUCCGAGAUGCCGAACACCUGGGACUCUCUAUGGUUCUGACUGUGACCAGACCUCCACUAACAUAACCCACAAGUGGCAUCUGGACUGAUAGCAGUGAAACAUGGAUGGGUACUGCAGGUGUACCUGCCACAGGAGGAGCUAGAAAAGCUAUAAGACAGAUUAUGAUUGUGACUAAUAUUGGUACACAGCACAUUUGGAGAGGAGAAAUGGAACUUUCCUUAUAAAAUGGUAGUGUUCACAACAUAUGUUGGGAAUUCGCUCAUACAAAUAUGCAAAGUGUCAACUGUAUAUAUAUAUAUACGCGUAUAUCAGAGCUUCAUUUUCACCUAAAACUACAAGUAUCCUAUUUCCUAUCCUAUCCUAUGUCUGAAAAUGAAUAUUGACUGAUGUAUGUAUGUAUGAUGUAUGUAAUUGGGAUUGUGUGUGUGUAAGCUGCAUUGCUUUUAUUAUUUUCUGAGUAUGUCCCUUCCUUUGGCUCAUUUGCAGUAUAGUUUUAUUAGUUUAGUCCAAGUUUGCCAAGUCAGGCGGGGACUGCAUUGGGCUGCUACUUUUAGUGUUCUUCAAAACCACCUUGGUCAGUUUUUUUAGACAGUUGUACACUCAUUGCACUCAUUGUCAUUCUGUCUGUCUCCUGGUUGAUGCCAUAUAUGCACCCACUGUCCUGUCCAAUAUACAUUUCCAACAUGUAGUUUCAAGUAUAUUCGAAUAGUGAUCCAUCAGUAGACUAAUCAGUGUGCAUGUACAUAAUGCCGACUGUAUAGGCAGGUACAGGAAGUGGGAGCACAGGGUACACUGCAUUGGUUUAAAAUAUUCCCUUUAAUUCUUUAGUGGAGGGGGUCCAGUAGUAUAAUGCUCAUAAUCCCCUUUGUGCAUCAAACAUAGAGGAUAUGUACAUUUGAGUAGGCUACACUGUCAGUGUUUUUUUUUAAACUGCUGACUCAUUUAUUAACUGUAAGGGAUCAUUUCCUCUCUGCACAACUUAACAAGCUCCCUGUACAACUAUGUUGCGAAAUGUCUGUGUUUGUGUGUGUAUGUAAAAUGGAGCUUAAGUGCACACGUACAGUAAGUGUAUGCAUGCCUGUGUGAAUAACAGAUUGUGUGAAUAAUGGAUUAACUGUAACUCUGCGUGAUUAAGGUGAAUGAAUCUGAUGGAAGAUGCUCCAGUUGUUUAACAUGUGACCAAAGUAGCCAUUGUUUAAUCUCACGGUUCCUUUCUGUACAUUAUUUUCUAGAAAUGCUUGAAUAUUUUUUUCUCGAUGCCAAGAAGCUGAUGUUUAUUUUUGUACUUCAUUGUUUCAUGCAAAUUUAUAUUUCCCUCUCCACUAACAGAAUUUAAAGUGAUUGGGAUUCUACAGAAAAUAAAUUAUGGUACUUUAUUUAAAGGUACUAAUUAUAACUAUUUAAUGUUGAAAGCAUGCCCUAAAUAUAAAUCAACAUAAAAGCAUAGAGUACAUACAAAUUGUGAUUUAUUUGUACAAAAUGGAGCAUAUCUAACAUUUUUAGGUUUUUAUUCUAGCAUGCAGAUUACUGCUAAAAUGUAGUUUUAUGUUUAAUAAUUAAAAUAUGUAUUAUUUAGGAACAGGACUAACAAUGAGCACUCUUACUGUGUAUCAGACAAUAUUGUACUCCCUUGAACUUUGAGAAUGGAAGAUGGUCAUUAUUUUAUUUGAGAUGCUGCUAUCAUUAGUUUUGAGCAGAGAAGCUGUUUUUAAAUUAACUUUAAGCCAAGUAGCAAUAAAACUUUUUACUGUGAAUCUUUUGGUCCAGUGUCCAUUUUGCUCACCAUUUUAAUGAUAAUUUCAUGCCAAUAAAUAUCAUCAAAAUUACUUUUUUUGGUCCGUAAAAGAUGUAAUGUCUACAGUUUAUUUUGUCAUUCAUUUUAAAAUCCUGAACUAAAAUGUAAUGAGGUUAUUUAUAUGUUUACCUUGGUGUCGUUUUCUCCUAUUAGCCUAAAUGCACAGAAGCAGUACCCAGAUCAAGAAAAUGAGUCAGAAGAAACAGUCAUAUUUAAGUCAUUUAAGUCAAUUCCUAAACACAGUAGAUCUGCCAUCUAUUGGUGAAGCUCAGAAUGACUAAUAUAAUGGUCGACAAAAAUAGGCUUAAAUGUAACAAAACUCAAUGUUUUUUCUUAAGUGAUGUAAGACCUUUAGAGAGGGAUAAAGUUAGACUCUUUGCUUCUUUCAAGUAGAGUCUAAAAAAUGGAAAGCUACUGUAGCUCAAUGGAGGAGCCAUCAUUUAAUAUAUUCAUUAGAAAUACUGUGGAUAUUUUAGGCUUUCCUGGGCUCCUCUCCUGUGAUACAAAGAAAAGACAUUUGACACUGUUAUAUAUAUAUAUAUAUAUAUAUAUAUAUAUAUAUAUAUAUAUAUAUAUAUAUAUAUAUAUGGAUAUUUUCCUUUCAAGUGCUAGAGACAUUUCCUUUCAAGAAAUAGUCAAUUCAAUCUAUUACAACAACCUUCUGUGUCAAGAUCCAACUGCAAAGAUUAAUUAUCAACGGACUGAGCUUCACUGACAGAGCUGAGAUCUAAAGAAUGACAAUAAUUUAGGUCUGGAACACAAAUUAUUUAUCUAGGCCUAUUUAAUCCCUUGGGACUGUACGUGGGUAACAUAUCAGACAACCUCACUCUUAAAGUAACUGGCAACAGCUGAUAUUCUUUGUUGCAAGUUGCUGUUUGUCUCUGCUACACAACUGACUCUUCAAGGGUUUUUUUCUGGUAAUCGAACAUUUUCUAUAUCUGCCUUUUCAUUUCCGGUGUGUUUGUUUUUUUUGCACAAAAUUAACAGAAAAUGAGUAAUAAAACAAUAAUUUAUAUAC